AUCUGCGCAUGCGCUUUGAAUUGUAGCAAACCUGUUGCUCAUUAUUUUCGUCUCGUUGUUUCAACUGCAGGGAGAGAAUGGACGAUGUUGUGAUUGCAGAUGAUGAAGAGAACCAGAUUGAAGAUGACGAACAGCAUGAGGAUGAACAGGCAACGGACGAUGAUGAAAAUAGCGGAGUAGAGGAGAAUUUGGCUUUGUUAGAGCAGCCAGUAAUUUUGACGGGCCAGAGGAGUAGGAAAAGUAUAGAACGACUACAACUGGAGGAAGCACCUCACAACACGGGGAAGAAGCUGCCUGUGCAACAGUUUGGUACUGGAUUACCAUUAGGAGAGAUUGAUAAGAUUGCACAGUGUAUUGAAAGAAUCAAGUCUGACAACUUGAAGCCUCUUCAUCGCAUCUUGUAUGGUCGUCCAGGAGCUACUCUUCAAGUGAAACGAAAUAUUCGUGCAUUUGAUGGCUAUGGGUUUGCAAAGGGAACUACAGAGUAUGACAGAAGAGUAGUAGCUCUGAAAAAACUUCCAGUCAGCGGCUUGAAAGAGAUUUGCAAAGUCUUGUGUGUGCCAAGUAGUGGAUCAAAGGAAGAGUUGGUAGAAAAAAUACUUGACUUUUUGUUAAAGCCGUCAAAGGAGGGAGCUAUUGGCCGCUCAUUAGUAAAGAAGAGGACGAAAUCUGGGCAGGCCAAGACAAGCAAAAACAGCAGUGCAAAAGGCGAAAAACGAAAACGUACAAAGAAGACUGCAAAACAGGGUGACAAUGUAGUAAAGGAGAGUGAUAGUGAAGAUGACGAUGAGGAUGAAGUAAGCACAUCACGACAACAGCCAAAGGAAAGCAAGAAAUCUGGCAGUCCAAGAAAGAAAUCUGGCAGUCCAAGCAAGGUAGUUGCCAAGAAACCCGUCAGUGUGAAGAAAAAAUCUGAGAGUUCACGUAAACCUUCCAAAUCAGCAUCAAAGAAGAAAACUAAAGCUGCAGCCAAUAACACUGAUGAUGAAUCUGAUGAUGAGCCACUUGUAAAGAAGAUGAAAGUGGAACCAUCAGAUGAGGAACUGUCAGAAGUUAUUGAGGGUCUACUCAAAGAUGCAAACCUUGAGGAAGUGACAAUGAACAAGUUAUGUGAACAGGUGUAUGAUGCGUAUCCGGGGAUUGAUCUUCAACCUCGACGGCCAUUCAUCAAAGAGAUGGCAAAAAAGGUUCUAGGGUUGCUUUCAUGAAUGGAAAGGCAAAGUUGACAUGCAAAAACUUUUUUUGUAUCUUUUUUGACGCGCAAUUGUAGUCAUGGUCUUAGACAAUAUUUUAUUCCUCUACUGUCUUGUAUGUACGUAGCUGCACGCAAAGUGAAUACUGAAAUAAUUUGCGUACAUGCGCAGUUAGCUGGCUGUCAGUGAAUGGGUGGCGCUUAAUUGAAAUGCCAACUCCAGCUCACUCUUUAUUGAAUUUGAAUGCUGGCCGUCACAAUAACAACGGAUUUUUCAGUAAUCUUCCCACCCGAAUUCGUGCCAUUCCCCGUCUACUGCGUGAACUGUGCAUUUCAUUGAAGGAUCAGCGAACAAGAAGAGAAUGGCAAUAUUUAGGUUUGUUCUACUUUGUGUUCUACUCGUGUCUUGCUGGAGUGUUCGCCGUCUGCUUGAGUGUCCAUCACAUCACUCUACCAGACAGGCCGGGCGAUGGUCCCAAAUUCAAUCAUAUUCAUGUUAUGGCUCUGACGUUCUCAUCUGGAUCAUUGAAAGAAAGGCAGUGUACAUCAUCAGAAGUUAGCAGCAACCAAUGCACUCUUGAAGUGACUAUCAAGACUAACAACAGAGGAGGCAUCAGGUUCUUUCCUCCAGCAACGCAAAAUGACUCUGUUAACGUUAUGUGCAACCUGACAACGGACUCAGACAUCUAUUUUCAAACGUGCCAGCCUUCAAACAAUCAAAGUACUUCAUACUGCUCUCUAGCUCCAUCUUCACUUGCAACAACAGCUAACAUCACCAUUGUGCCUGGAACAGCAUUCCCAAUCGCGUAUCGUUUAUUGUUUGGUCCUUCCCCCUCAACAGUACUAGUAUCUGAUACACAAGCCACAUUGAUGUGCUCUACAGACUCAGAUCUAAUUGACCACAAGAUGUCAGAAUUCAAAGCCUCAUUCACCAGACUCUCAUAAACACAUAUUACUACUAUUAGUUGAAUGUGCAGCUAUGAAAGAUAUGGUAGUAUCAUAUUUAUCGUACUGUAACUUGUACUGAUGUGUGGUUCUCAGUACAGUACUACAUAAGAUCAAGGGCCUCUCCUGAUUCCACCACUCAUCUCACUGUCAACAUACUAUUUCACAGAGAAUCUUGUCAGUUUAAUUAAUA